AUGGCGCCCAAACGUAAGAGAGACAGCAACGAACACCUCACCGCCCCGUCACGCACACAUCUCGCUCGGGCAUGCAAGGUCAAAGUGGGCGUUGGGCUGCUAGACGUACCCGGGGAGAUCCGCAACAAGAUCUACGACUACGUGAUCGCCGACGCCAUCCAACACCGCCGCGGACAAGAGCUCAAGCUCAAGUACCGCUCCAUCAAGUCCCGCAAGCGCUUCAAGACGAAUGACCAGUGGAGAAAUGCCCAUCGUUUACGUCCCUAUUGGGGCUUGACCCAAGUCUGUCAUCAGCUGCGCUUCGAGUUCCGCCCAAUGCACACAACGGCCAUCAAAGUCAACAUACCAGCAGAGCUUCUGCCGCACUAUCUUGCCCACCUUAGCGGAACAGAUGAAGUCAAGGCGCUCGGUAACAGGAUGGUAGCCAUCAUCAACCAGCCAUGGCCAGCUGCGGGCUUAGACGUCCUGCCGGUCUUGAAAGACCUCAGCAUGCACCACGACGCUGACGCAAUUCCUUACCUCCGCGUCCCCCCCAAUUCACACGGCACCAUUUCCUUCAGAGACACCAACAAAGUUGUUCCGAUCAUGACUCGACGUUGGCUGGGGAGUGAUCAUGAACAUAUCCAGCACGACAUGGUUUCGGCUGCGUUGACCACGGAUAGGGAUGUUAGCAGCCUUUUCCCUCCAGGACAUUCCAUUAUCAUCACACUCAAGGACGACACCUUCAACGGGCUCAACGACGAUGAAAGACAGGAUUACAUGAUCAACAUGAUUCGUGCAUGUGGCUUAGAUCGCAUGCACGACUUUUAUAUCGACUUCAGAUGCAAGGGAAACCUCUACAUGUGGGGAUCAUUGUACUACUCGGUAUGGGCGCCUAAUACGCCGCGAUUUCUCUACACAGCGGGAGACAAGGAGUUUGUCAACGAGUAG